AAUCCAGGGCUGGUGCUUUAUCUACUGUGCCUCCUAGCUGCCCCCAUGGAUUGAGGUGGAGACAGCAGAGAACCAUGGAGAUUCUCCUCUAUGUUUUGCUGGGAACCCUGUUGUUUGUGGAGUCUGCUCACUGCUUGCAGUGUUUAUCCUGUGCUGGGGUCAAUGACUUAAGCUCAUGUCGGCCUAAGACUUGUACAGCUGAGGAAACCAUCUGUGCCAAGGCCGUGCUGACUUCACAACUUGGGCCUCCAGUGAAAACCUAUACCAUGAACUGUGCUACUUCCUGUGACGAGGUUAAAGAGACAGUUUUGGAGAUUAUACCUCAAGGAUUCAGUGGGGAUGUGUCCUGUUGCAACACUGAUCUGUGUAAUGGUGUGGGUGGGAUCAGGGGCAGCCCCUGGGCCCUGGCAGGGGCCCUCAUCCUCAGCCUGAUACCUGCCCUUCUCUGGGCUGGGCUGUGAGAACAUUCCUUCCUCACCAGCCUCUUCUCACUAGACCUUCCUUUUGGUAUGGAGCCCAGGAAGCUAGUGCUUCUGUUAUGGUCCACCUCAGCCCAGCCUUUGGGUUGAGAGCUUUGGCAUUUCUCCUGAGGAGAGCUUGGGGUUGUGAAAGGAAUGACAGAAACCUCUAGACUGAAGAUCUCUGAGGCAAACAUUUCUCAGAGCUGAACAUUAGCUGAACUCUGUCCCUUGGUAUGUCUUAACCUCCCUAGCAAUGGCAUCAUAACAUAUAAAUAAACUUAUGAAUAAAUGUA